CGAGAGCGCAGAGAAGAUGGCGAGAGGAGGCAGGAGCCUGGGGAGAGUAGCGGAGUACAUGAAGCAGCUCCCGAGCACAGCCGGCCGGGACGCUCAGAGACGGAGCAGUGUCAGAUACCUGUCAUCAUGUGGGAUCCUGAUGACCCGUGUACCUCCCCUGCUGGGCGCGGCCAUGCCUCCACGCACCGCCCUGCUUCCUGUGCGCAGCUUCUUCAACAUCCCUGACUCCUUCUCCAAGAGGAAGGAGUACUCUGAGCGCCGCAUCAUUGGGUAUUCCAUGCAGGAGAUAUAUGACGUGGUGGCCUGUGUGGAAAACUACCGCCUCUUUGUUCCCUGGUGUAAGAAGUCUGACGUCGUGUUCAAGCGGUCCGGUUUCUGCAAGGCCAAACUGUCGGUGGGCUUCCCCCCUGUGGUGGAAAACUACACCUCUCUCAUCACGACAGUGCGCCCUCACAUGGUCAAGGCAUCCUGUUCAGAAGGAAAAUUGUUCAACCACUUGGAGACGGUUUGGCGUUUCAGCCCGGGGCUUCCUGGUUACCCUCGAACCUGCACUGUGGAUUUUUCUAUCUCCUUCGAGUUUCGCUCUCUCAUUCACUCACAGCUCGCUCACGUCUUCUUCGACGAGGUGGUGAAGCAAAUGGUUUCUGCGUUCGAGCGUCGCGCCUCCAAGAUCCACGGAGCCGAGACGGCCAUCCCACGCGAGCUCAUGUUCCACGAGGUCCACCACACGUAGCGACAGCUGGUCCAGCUCCACAAACACAGACACACAAGCAAACACGAUGCCAAAGAGACAGAAGACACUUCCUGUGCUCUAAGUGAAAACUGCAGUGCCUUUCCCACGAGAAUUAAAACUAUUUACCGUCUCAGUUUUUUAGAGCCGAUGAAGAUUGUCACCUCUGUUUCAAACUCAUGCAACCCCCGGUGUCAGAGCUGUAUCGGCAUCUGGCUGUAAAACCAGCGGCGUAGCAUCAAAUCUAAAAACAGAAGCUGCUGUUACGUCCUCGAAACCAGCUAGUAGAAAAAGGCAAACUAGACAAAACUGUGACAGACGACGACACGCGGGAUACUUGCACAAGAAUCUAAAAGCGUGACCCCACAUCUGAAAAGCCAGCUGGAAUCAUAAAAUGUUUGACAUUGAAUCUUUAAAAGUUACUGAAAAUGUAAACCAGUUCAUUAAAGCAGCUGCUAAAUAAUCUAGAUCAAAACAAGUCAAAUCAACUUGUCAGACUUUUAAAUAUUUCUAAGUGAACAUUUGCUGGUUUCAGCUUCUCAAAUGUGAGGAUUUGUUACUGGUCUUCGUCAAAUCUGAUUGUAAAACUCCACAUUUGGGGAUUUUGUCAGACAAAAUAAGCUGUUUAAAGACACUGCAGUGCACUGUGGGAAAAAUAACAGGGCAUUUAUAUCUAUUUUAUUACAUUUUUGUAGAGAAAGAAAAUUAUCGUAAAUAUAAUUACAGUAGUUUUUAAUCCUGUUCACUAUAAAACCCUUUGACUUUAUUUAUAUCUCAAGCACAACAAAAACAAAAUAUAAGAACAGUAUUUAAGAAAUGAAGUAGAGUUAGAUAAAUAUAGAUAAAAAUAAUCAAACAAAACAAAGAUGAUUUUUGAGGUAAGCAGGGAAGCUCUAAUGGGACUAAAACGGGCGUAGAGUAGACAAAAAAAUAUAAGCAAUGUGACUAAAUCAAUACCUAAAAGUCCACGAUUCUCAGCAGCAACAGCAGUAUAAAAGAAUGAGGGAUCAGGUGGAUGUAUUCCAAAGUAAACUAAAUAAACAUGUUUAAUGAGGGUCCAGGUGGAGUUAAGUUUAAACCUGGAUGCGUUUAAACCUGAGCUCUGCACAAAGGAACAAGAAAUAAAGUGGAAGCAGCAUUUCCCAUCAUCCCACACAGCAGUCGUGUGAGAGAGGCAUGUGUAACGUGAAUGUACUGUAACCUGUCAGGAUCACACUCGCCUUGCAAACGGUGCUGAACUGUUUUUAAUCUUAUGUUACACUUUUGCUUUCAUUGUUAUCCACGUUUGACCGGAGAGUUGUAGAGUUUAACGGCAAAGGGGGGGGGGGGGGGCUGCUUUCUUUCAGAGUGUGCAAUAUCAGCAGUGUUUGUGAGCCCCCACCCGCCCCUCAUGUGAUCAUGUCAGGGGCCGAACUGGCUGCUGGACAGACGCCAGGCAGGGCCCCCUGUUUAUCAGACUUCUAAGAAUCAACACAUGCAUGUAGAUUAAGCUCUGAAGUAGAGAGGUACUCCCGUGACUUGAAUGAAUGUAGCAUUGUUGUGCUUCAUUUCUGCUGGAACAGCAGUCACUGACAUGUUUUAAUGAAGUGUGAUCGUUACUUUUAAAUUCACCGUUUUUGAUUUUGGUUUAUGUAGAACUCUGUUUUAGACGCUCUCAGCCCUGCCGACGGUGUCCAGUGACACAUUUCUGCUCUGAAACUGUCAGUGAGCUUGGAGAUACUGUUUGUGUUUUUUUCUUUUAAUAGAAUUUCCAAGUAAUGUGUAAAGGGAUUAUGCCUACGUCCAAAAUACAGACUGAAGAAGUUCCUAUCUGUUUUACAGCAGACUAGACAAACAAUAAAACGAUCCCCACCAGAUGUGGGCCACUUGGGUGUGCAGUUUGGGAUCUCUGGGAGUUUAACUGCUGCCCAGAAUAGUCGGAUCCUUUCUUCAAAGUUCAGUAAAAAUAAACCUGGUGGAGAAUGUGAGAAGUUUCAGCUCAAGUCCAGCUGGGAGGAAAUGAAUUUAGGGCUGUACCUCUGCAGAUGACUGUCACAAACGUUGUUCCUACAGUCCUCCUUAGACAAAUUUACUCUUGUGAUCUCCAAAACUUUAAAUGAGACUAACAUGAAUGAAGUCUCAGUAAUGUCCUCAAAGGCACAGGCACUUUUGUCUGUAUCAAAAGAUAUGUAUCAGCCACAACAUGUAAACCGGCUCUGUGAAGAAUCUAGGAGGUGAGCGUGGACACCGUCGGUGUCCUGUGGGUCAGGCGGUGUUUGACUGGUGGAUCAGCUCCAGCAUAGAUCUGGAUCCUAGAGGAUGGGUGAACACCUCCUAAAACCUGUUUGCUUCCACCAUCCUGAGCAGCUGGUUGUUGUCCUGCUGAAGAGGAGGCGUCAGUAAAAAGCUGAGAAGAGAAACGCCCAGCAGUGCAGGAUUCGGGGUGCAGGGAUGCUGCUUCUCAGUGACAGGUCCUGCUUUACAGCGGCUUACAAGCCCUCAUCCUUUACUCCAACCGCUCCAUCUGUAGUUUCUACACAGCUGCUGGAGUCCAGAAUGUGAUCCUGGAGCCGUGUUUCUGUGAAACGAGUUCCUGCUGCGUCCUCGCCAUGGCGACGUGAGAAAUUAGUUGUCUAAGCUUUGCUCCUGCUCUACGUGCUAUUUCCUCUUCAGCUCCUGCAGAUCCGAGGUCUUGUUGUCAUGGUUGCUUAUAGUAUAAUUUAUGUUUUAAUGUAUGAAAAGAUCAUAAAAAAAGGCGCUUUAAGAGCAGAGUUACUGCAACGAGCUGUUAGAGGUGGAGCUUAGUGUUUUGGACGUCACUGCUGUCGCUGCUUCCCGAAGUUGGAGGAAUCAGACCAGAUGGCUUCGUACACAGAACCAUCUGGAAAGUCCUCUGUAGAAGACCAGAGACUUGUGUUGAAGAUAUGGAGCAGGUGGCUAGGUGUUGCAUGUUUUUAACGGCCGCCCAGAGCUUUGGACGUGUCGGAUCAACACAAUGAGGCGUGACGAGCCAGAAUCUCAAGGUGAAAGCUUGGAGAUGUGGAAAAUCCACGACGUUCAGGCUGAAGCGGUCCUGGCAGAACAGGAUGGUUGUAAUGUUGUGGCUGAUCAAUCUGCAACAGUUAUCACAAAAGCUCUUUAAAUCGCUGAGAAAUCAGAAACAACCUUCACGAAUCCAGAAAAAGGGAAGAAACUAAGUAGAGAACUGGAAGGGAAAUAAAACUGCUGCAACUUUCUUCUGCGCAGACGUAACAGGCCGACGCUCCAGAAAACACUUCAGUGGGUGUUUUCAUUAACCUCUUAGCUAUUGGACAAGUUUUACACUUUAAAAUGAAGCAUUUAUACAUUAAAAAAAACUCUAGUCCGGUUUGUGAAGUGCAGAAACUCCAGCACGUUAAAUUUAUCAGUUUGAUAAACGGCGGCCCGUGUCUUCCAUCAGUCAGGGUAACGUUUCCGUGACGACCCGAACCCGUCACAGUUCCACCUGUUCGACCCCCAAAGUGCCUCCAGGCCUGCUGGCAGUGUAUUUAUCUUGAGUUUUAAAGGAAUAUUAUACUCAUCAUAUUAUAUUUAUUGUUUAGUUUAAAUGUAAAUUUUAGUUCUUUUCAUCAGAAGUAGCUGGUCAACAUUUACAAACAGUUCUUUAACCUUUGAUGGGGGUUUAACACGCACCGUUACGUAAUCCACCACAUGUGACUGACUUGGACUUUAACGUCCACUGGUUUAAUUAAACUGCUUCCUAGUAGCUGGUUGUAACUGUUGACUGAUGCGGCUUCGGGUGAAGUGUUGGUGUGUAAAUAUUAGUUUUAACAUCACUUCAGAGAGCUAUACUCCUCUUUUAGAGAGAAUGAGAACUGGUUUGUGUUGGUGUGUUUUUCUGGGAUGUGGAAAGUACUUUGUGUGUAAAUGAUGUUUGUGCCGAAUGACUUCAGAAAGAUGUACCAGCUGCAUGAUGUAUAAAAUAUUUUUUCUAAAAAACAA